AUGGGUUCUUUCAUCUUCUUGGAUCAGACUCGCUACGAUCUCUCACCAGAAGUGACUGUCUUAGGGUGCACACUCUUUUCGCGAGUGAGCGAGGCCCAUAAGGAGCACGUCAGCUAUGGUCUCAAUGACUUUUACAACAUAAAGGACUGGACGGUUGACGACCACACAGCUGCUCAUGAAGCAGACUUGGGGUGGUUAAAUGGACAGGUUUCUCAUAUCGCUAGUUCUGAGCCGCAUCGCAAGAUCGUGGUUUUUACACAUCAUAGCCCAGUCACUCAGGAUCCCCGGGCGGUUGAUCCAAGGCAUGUAAAUAGCUCGCUGUCGUCGGGCUUUGCCAGCGAUCUCUCUGGACAGGAGGUCUGGAAGAGUCCGCUCGUAAAAUUAUGGGCAUUUGGGCAUACUCACUUCAAUGUCAGUUACAUUGAGGAGGGUACCAAGAAGAUGGUGGUCAGUAAUCAGCGCGGUUAUUACUUUUCUCAGGCACCUGGAUUUGAUGGGGAGCUAGUAGUUGGAGUCUGA